CGAUUGGGAAAGCCAAAUAUACCAUUAAAAGUGGCGUCGUUUUAUCUCUGAAAGGCUCCCUGCUCCGAUGUCGUUUUUCUCCUUUUAUGAAUCAACGAGCGCCAAACUAGUUGCAAAAAAGGAAAACCAAAAAUUAUAAAACCCACUCACUCUCUUCGGUCUCUCAUACUUUUUUCUCAAUUUCAAAAUUUGAAACCUCAACAUUGCUAUCAGCGUGAAUAUGGAGGCAAGUCCAAUCACGAUCGGAUCAUGUUCCAAAGAGCACCAAAAGAUCUACAAAGAUUGGUUCAAUAUCGCUGAUUCAGAUGGAGAUGGACGUGUUACUGGAAAUGAUGCUACAAAGUUCUUCGCCAUGGCUAAACUUUCUCGUCAAGAACUCAAGCAGAUCUGGGCGAUUGCAGAUUCUAAACGACAAGGAUUUCUAGGGUUGACAGAGUUCAUUGUUGCUAUGCAGCUGGUUUCUUUGGCACAAGCAGGACAUGAAAUAGCCUCUGAUGUUCUUAAAAAUUCAGUUUAUGCGGAGAAUAUUAAUCUUCCUUUAUUGGAAGGUUUGGAUGCCUUAAAAGCUAAAAAGGACUUGAAAACAAAUGGUGAGCCUGAAAUGAAUGGAUCUAGUCAGCCCCAAGUUUCAACAUCUGCUAAACGGUUUACUUCAAAAUCUGCAAGAAAGACACCUCCAAGUGCAGUUACCUCAAUUGUUGAUGGCUUGAAGAGAUUGUACAUUGAAAAGCUAAAGCCAUUGGAAGUUGCCUAUCGAUUUAAUGAUUUUGUGUCUCCUUUAUUGACAAACAGUGACUUUGAUGCUAAACCUAUUGUUAUGCUUUUGGGUCAAUAUUCGACUGGGAAAACUACAUUUAUAAAGCAUUUGUUACAAUGUGAUUACCCAGGGGCUCACAUAGGGCCAGAGCCUACAACUGAUCGAUUUGUGGUUGUAAUGUCUGGACCUGAUGAAAGGAGCAUACCAGGGAACACUAUUGCUGUUCAAGCAGAUCUUCCAUUUGGUGGCUUGACAACUUUUGGAGGAUCCUUUUUAUCAAAAUUUGAGUGUUCUCAAAUGCCACAUCCAUUGUUAGAUCAAAUAACAUUUGUGGACACUCCUGGAGUUCUAUCUGGAGAAAAACAGAGAACACAACGAAGUUAUGAUUUCACUGGUGUUAUAUCUUGGUUUGCAGCUAAAUGUGAUCUCAUCCUUCUUCUAUUUGACCCUCACAAGUUAGACAUAAGUGAUGAAUUUAAACGAGUAAUUUCAUCUUUACGUGGUAAUGAUGACAAGAUACGUGUUGUCCUAAAUAAAGCACACCAAGUUGAUACCCAACAACUAAUGAGAGUAUAUGGGGCUUUGAUGUGGUCACUUGGAAAAGUUUUGAAUACUCCAGAGGUUGUGCGUGUUUACAUUGGCUCUUUCAAUGAUAAGAUCCUUAAUGAAGCUGAUAUUGAUCAACUGGGGCAAGAUCUUUUUGAGAAAGAACAAGAUGAUCUUCUUAAGGACUUGAUAGACAUUCCAAGAAAGGCUUGUGAUCGUCGGAUCAAUGAAUUUGUGAAGCGUGCUAGAGCUGCAAAAAUUCAUGCUUAUAUAAUUAGCCAUCUCAAGAAAGAGAUGCCUAGUAUGAUGGGCAAAGCUAAAGCUCAACAACGGCUUAUUGAUAAUCUUGAAGAUGAAUUUGGAAAGGUCCAACGAGAAUUCCAUCUACCGGCAGGUGAUUUCCCAAGUGUUGAGCACUAUAGGGAGGUGUUGAAUAAUUACAGUAUUGAUAAAUUUGAAAAAUUGAAACCUAAGAUGAUACAAGCUGUAGACGAUAUGUUAGGAUAUGAAAUUCCAGAGCUCUUGAAGAAUUUUAGGAAUCCUUAUGAAUGAAGUCUACUAAUAGUGCGAUUUUCGUUACUUACGUGAACUAAGUGUUUUCUUUUUUCAUCUAUGCUCUAAGAGGCUUUUUUAAAGCUUAUUUGUUCAUGAGAUGGCGUGUCCUAUUUGUGCGGUUUACUAUAAAUCAUUUGCAAUUUUGAUGCACAAAAACCUAUAGAGAUGUACUUAGAGAAAAAGACCCGUUUUUUAUGGGAGAUUGGAGUUAGAUCAAGCGACAUUAUCUUGGUUUUCUUUAUCCAUCUUUUUCUCAUGAAUUUGUGUAUAUCAUUUUUGUUAUUUUUUCAAAUUAGAAGGGAAGUGGUCUUCAAAAAAUUAAUUGAUUUUAGUUAUAGAUUACGUCUUUUGGAAAUAGUCAAAUAGAGAUGAUAAAAGAGUAAUUCAAAA